AUGGGUGUGGUGCACGAAAUAAUCACUAACAACGAUGCACGUCCCGAUCAGAUGGAAUUGGCAAGGAAACUUCUUUCCGAGUAUGUAUCAGCAAUACGCGACUUCGACUUCAUGACCGAGAAGCAGAUGAAAGCAGAGCAAAACGGCACUCCAGAUCCUUUCCAGAUUACAACGAAAGACCUGUUGGGCUAUUAUCUCAUGAAUGACACGGAGCACUGCCUGUUGAAUGAUUCUCGCUGCCAGGGGAAAGUGUCUCGGCCCAGCGAACAACACUGGAAGAGCGACAAAUAUAUAUACAACAUUCUUCCUGGCUUUUCACGAGGCGAAUACAACACUCGAAUCGACCUGGCCAAUUUCUGGGAGAGGAUUACCAUGGGUCUGCUCGGUGGAUUGGCACUGAUUGGGCCCAUGCUGUUAAUGGUCUUGCACAAGGAUCUGCUUACUACUCUGGUUACGGCAAGCGUGUCGACCAUUUUGUUUGCAGUCGCCCUUUCGUUCUUUACCCAGUUGCAGGGUCAGACCGUCUUGGCUUCUGUUGCAGCUUAUGCAGCUGUAUUGGUGGUUUUUGUUGGCUCGAAUUCAUAA